CAUGCUCCUGCUCAGUUCAAGCGGCGCCUCGCCAUCAGCCAAAACACACGAGCUCAGAGACAGCACCACCCAUGACCAAUCGCAUCUUCUCCAUGGGAGGGAACCAGGAGUACAAGAUCCGAUACAACGGCCACCUCGACGCUCCUUCGCCGAGCUCCGCCAGCGCCGAUCCGCCGGAGCCUCCACCACAGGUGGCUGCGCCGUUCGCAGGGAAGCUGAUCGACUCCGAGCAGGAGCACACCGUCAUUGUCGCCGCCCUGCUGCACGUCAUCUCCGGGUAUACCACGCCGCCGCCUGAGAUCUUCCCGGCGGCGCGCGGGGAGGUGUGCCGGGUGUGCGGGAUGGAGCAGUGCCUCGGCUGCGAGUUCUUCGCGGGGGAGGCCGCCGCGGUGGUCGCAUUGGGCGGCGCGGAGAAGGUGGCCGCCGCCGCCGACGCGGCGGCGGGAGGGCAGAGGAGGCGGAGGAAGAAGAAGAACAAGUACCGCGGCGUGCGGCAGCGGCCGUGGGGCAAGUGGGCUGCGGAGAUCCGCGACCCGCGCCGCGCGGUGCGCAAGUGGCUCGGGACGUUCGACACCGCCGAGGAGGCGGCCAAGGCUUACGACAGCGCCGCCAUUGAGUUCCGCGGCCCGCGCGCCAAGCUCAACUUCCCGUUCCCCGAGCAACCGACCGCCCACGACGAUGGCAAUGACGACGCAAGUGCCGCGGGGAAGUCGUCAGAUACAUGGUCGCCGUCGUUGUGCAGUGCGGAAGCCAAGGAGCUCGGUGGAGAGGAAACAGGGGAGCAGCUCUGGGAAGGCUUGCAAGACCUGAUGAAGCUGGACGAAGCCGAGCUCUGGUUCCCGCCAACUUCUAGCGCCUGGAAUUGAAAUGUUUGGGAUUAGAUCCCAACCGUUGAAGUAGAUGGAAAAGACCAUCGUAGCCUUUCACUUCUUUUUUUUUUUGGCUAUUAUUUCUUUAGCUCUGUUGUACAGCUAUUUGAAGAAAGCAGAGUUUGUGAAUUAUCACUAGAACUGUA